CAAAGGCUUCAAAAGCCACUCGCCUUCUGCCUGCAGGGGACGUUCAUCUCUGUUCAGGCGUCUUUGCUGGGGAUGACACAGGGCAGACAGCCGCCUCACAGGAUGGAUUAUGCUGGUACCGUUGGAAAAAAAAUGCCAAGCAGGAAACGGGCCUCUUGGUUCUGCAUAGCAGAAGCCGAGCAGGCCCCAUUGAGCAGAAACCCUUUGAGUGGGUCUGUGUUCCCAGGGACCACCAAGCCAGUUCCACUAACGCACCAAGUAAAAAGCUGAGCCAGAAGCUCGGCUUCAGGGGUGGGGAUGCGGUUGGGGGGUUCUUGACAUGUUUUCUCAUGUCUUUGCUGUUAUUAUCGAUAUCCCUUGCCAUCUUCUCCCACGGGUUCUGCCCAUCUUGCAACUGGCCGCUAAGCAGUUCCAUUGGUAUAUUCCUUUGCCUAACAGGCACAGCCGGCCUCAUCUGUCUCCCUCCCUCCCUUGCUCUGCACAGCGCCAGAGAUCCUUUGGGUGUUGGGGGAGAAUCCGGAGCCUUUUCUGCCUUUGUCAUAGGAAACAUUUUAAGCAAAGGCAGCACAGGAUGCUGGGUGUGGCCAUUGCACUGUGUCUCCUGAACACCUCUGUGGACAGGAGCCAAAUACUGUACUUCCAAAUUGGGGUUUUGGGAAGCAAAAGGAGGGCAAGUGUCAUUCCUUUUUCCUGAAUGCUUUCUCCACUUUCAUCCAUGGGAUUUACCAGUGCUCUCCUACCCAAGCCUUAACCAGAUCCAACUCCACUACGUUUUUUCAGGAUCAGCCCAGGCUGACUAGGAGCUGUGGGGCAGUGCUGAGUUGGUGUCCUCUUCAGCAAGGAAGAUUCUUCCCCUCCCCACCCCACCCCACCCCCAGAUCUCCUGCCUGAGCUGAGGGUGGGUGAGAGAAGGCUGCAGUUUCUGAGACACCUCUGGAUACUUCUGGAACUUGGUAUCUCACCUCCCCAGAUCAAAAAAAAAAAAAAAAACCACCAACAACAAAAAAAACCCAACAACCCCAUAAAAAGCCAUGGAAGGUGAAUCAGCUGCCUUUCUGCUUCUUUUAAGAGAUGCCUGUUUUUUUUUCCUUGUCUUGCAUGGCUGGCAGGAGGAUAUGCCAGCUGCUGAUUAUGUCAGUUGUAGUUCACCAGCCCCGCAGGGACCUCCACUGGGAAGCCUGGGCCUGGAGAUGUAUUGUACCUGAGGCCAUCAAUUGCCAGCAAGGACCCUGCUCCCCUCCGUUGCCUGCUGGUCGAGGGAUCUGUGCGCCCAGGUUUUCAUGCGCAUCCCCGUGCAAUUCAGCAUCCCAGCCAGAGGACGUCCAGAGCAGUUGCCUUGGUGACGGUAGGGAAGAAAGGGCGCCUGGGAAGGGGGUAGAUGACACACAUCGGGAGGGAGGGAGAGGAAGAGAGAUCGGGCUCGGAGCUGAGCUAAAUUUAGGAGGAAGCCGAGGAGGAGGAGGAGGAGCAGGAGGAGGAGGAAGUGGGCCCGAGCGUCUGGGUCUGGGCUUCACCCCCCGGCCAGGGAUGUCCUGCGGGCGGCGGACGAGAUGAGUGUGCGAGGCGGAGCCGCUGCAAUCGCCCAGUCCGGAGCGCGGAGCCGUUUCAGCACCACCAGAUCUGGAGGCCGCCCGGCACUACGAUGGCCAAAGACAACCCGGCUUUCUCUGCCAUCCCCAAGACCCCCGUCUCUGAGGGCAAAGCGCCCCUUCCCUCACAGCCGGUCAAGUCGGCGGCCUUGCGGCGCCUGGGCGAGGGCCCCGAGAAGGCCGAAAAGAAGCGUGGGCGCCAGCGCUACGUGGAGAAGGACGGCAAGUGCAACGUCCAGCACGGGAAUGUGCGGGAGACCUACCGCUAUCUGACCGACAUCUUCACCACUCUGGUGGACCUGAAGUGGCGCUUCAGCCUGCUGGUCUUCAUCCUGGCCUACGCCGUCACCUGGCUCUUCUUCGGCCUCAUCUGGUGGUUCAUCGCCUACUGCCGGGGCGACCUGGACCACCUGGGGGACGAUGCCUGGACCCCCUGCGUCAACAACCUCAACGGCUUCGUCUCGGCCUUCCUCUUCUCCAUCGAGACCGAGACCACCAUCGGCUACGGGCACCGGGUCAUCACCGACAAGUGCCCCGAGGGCAUCGUGCUGCUCCUGCUGCAGGCCAUCCUGGGCUCCAUGGUGAACGCCUUCAUGGUGGGCUGCAUGUUCGUCAAGAUCUCCCAGCCCAACAAGCGGGCGGAGACCCUGGUGUUUUCUUCCCAUGCCGUCAUCUCGCUGAGGGACGACCACCUCUGCCUCAUGUUCCGGGUGGGGGAUCUGCGCAACUCCCAUAUUGUGGAGGCCUCGAUCCGGGCCAAGCUUAUCAAGUCCAAGCAGACCCAGGAAGGGGAGUUCAUCCCUCUCAACCAGACGGACAUCAGCGUGGGCUUCGAGACGGGCGACGACCGCCUCUUCCUUGUCUCCCCGCUGAUCAUCAGCCAUGAAAUCAACGAGCAGAGCCCCUUCUGGGAGGUGUCCAAGGAGCAGCUGCGGAAGGAUGAAUUUGAGAUCGUGGUGAUCCUGGAAGGGAUGGUGGAGGCCACAGGGAUGACGUGCCAAGCCCGGAGCUCCUACCUGGUGGACGAGGUCCUGUGGGGACAUCGCUUCAUGUCGGUCCUCAGCUUGGAGGAUGGAUUUUAUGAGGUGGAUUACAACAGCUUCCACCAGACCUUCGAGGUGCCCACACCCAGCUGCAGCGCCCGGGAGAUGGCAGAAGCUUCAGCUCGCAUGGACGCCCACCUCUACUGGUCCAUCCCCAGCCGGCUGGAUGAGAAGGUGGAGGAAGGGACAGAGAAGGGGGAGAAAGAGAGGAACGGGAACCUCACUGCCACCGAGAGCGAGUCCAAGGUCUAAGCGACCGCUGGACGGGCAGAGCGAGCCAGAAAGCCUGGGCUAUGGCACAAGGCGCCCAGAGGGGGCAGGGGAGCCGUCUGGGCAAGUGAAGCCCUCUGGCCGGUUUGACCUUGGGGGUUAUCAGCACAGACUGUGCAAGAGAGACUCAACAGAGAGAAGCUGUUCCUGAAAGCGCCCGUGGGCAGGAAGCUGGCAACUGAAGCCAUCAGGAGGCAACGUGGAACUGGAAACCAUAUUCAAUGGGGGUCCAGACCCAUUGCUAGGAAAGACGAGGCCUUUGGAGGGGAGCGGGGCUCCACAGAUGCGCCCUUGUGGUUUUCUCAGCACUGAGACUGAGGGGGCUUUGGCCCUUCCUGCUUCCAGGGCUUCCCAGCCAAGCCCCGAGUGCAGGUGGUCUCCCAUGCAAGCCCGAGCCGGACCUGACCCUCCUUAGCUUCCUGAGCUCAAACGGGGGAAGAGACUCAGUGCAACAAAGGAACAGCCUGGGGGGCAACUGGGGGACGACGAGGAAAGGUGUGAAGAGGUGGCUGCACAAACAAGGAGGCAGUGAAGACAAUCGGUCAGGACCAUGAAUGCCCUGCCUGCUCUCCUUGCCCCCCCCACCUGCUCAGCUCCCACCCCCACCCCGGGAGACCAUGUGGUUUCCAAGCGGACACUUUUGCACAAUGUAGGCAAUGGUUUUUUUAAAAACACUGCACAGUUCGCUUUGGGCAUGCCAAAGACCACGGAGACCCCAGGGGGAUGUCGGGAGAAAUGUGACCCCGCCCAAAGCCCAAAGCCCCGGGGAGCGGCUGAAAAUCUCCUUUGCCAGAGUUGGGGAUGGGGGCCCCCAAAGAGACCGUUUCGAUUAGCGAGUUUUCUCCGCCCAGCAGACCCCGCAUGGCUGGCUGUUUCCCCCACAGGACAAGAAAAGGGGGGGGGUUGAUUUAUGAUAUGGAUUAAGAGGUAUAUCAACAUUCCAUAUUUUGAAAUAAACCUUACUAGAUGAGUUGUGCAACCAA